AUGGCAAAGACUAAUGUCAAUGUUUUGAUUCUGAAUUGGCUAGUUUUUGUUGCAUUGCUCAUUACAUUGUUUGGUGGUGCCAAAGCUAUUGUAAUAUGUGACAUCGACACAAAUAAGCUAGGCUCAUGCAAUGCAGCAAUGACUGGGAAAAACCCUCCAAAACCAAGUGCAAAAUGUUGUGCAGUAAUUAAAAAGGGUAAAUUGAUUUGCAUUUGCGGAUACAAGUAUCUUCUACCUACAUUUGGAAUCAACCCUACAAAAGCAUUGGCCUUGCUAAAAAAAUGUGGUCUAAAAAUACCACCUGGAUGUAGAGAAACUUGA